UUGAAAGUUCAAGUUCACUUCUUUCAAAGUUUCACUUCAAAAUAUGUUAGGAUUCUUUACCAAUUUAUUUGUUUUAUGGUAACUGUAAGAAAAAUAUAAUGCGCUACUCGAGUGCAAAGUGCAAGGUAUUUCUCUCGAGUGAGUCAAUUGCUCACUAGUUGCACAAAUAACUAUUUCUUCUACUCGUUUCCAUUUGAGAUCAAGCAAGCAAGAUGGACUGAUGGAGGUACUUUUACAACACUUUGUGAUCUUGAUCUUGAAGCAUUAGAAGAAUUUAUUUCAAAAAAUGAAAACGAGGAACACAAAUAAAUAGUUAUGGAUUGAACGUUCAAGACCAACAAUCGAUGGAGCCAGAAAGAAAGGUGUUAAGUGUUUUGAAGUGAGGUUAGAUUAGGAAGGUAAAGGUUAGGUUACCUGUUAUUAUGAACCGACUCAUUAAUUUAUGCUACUUCCAGACUGUUUUUGCUCAAUUAAAUAGUGGGUGAAACACAAUGAAAUAACGAUAUCAAAAAUGCUCAAAACACACAUAGGCUAAAUGAUAAUUUUAAAUAAUUAAGUUAUGAAUUGACCUACAGAUGCAUAGCCUAUCUACCUACCUACACAGUGGUACAAGGAAAAGUAAAAGCUCAGGAAAGCGGCCAAAUCAAAAGUCCUUAAUCUUAUAUACAGAUAAAUGGCGAGAUAUCAUUCACUGCUUCAUUGGAGAAAACAAAUGCCAUCAUCAGGUAGUAUUACUAAAACUAUGAAGUUUGGAAACUUCCAAAAAAGGUACCAUUAUUUGAUAUUGGACUUCGAAAGUACUUGUGAAUACAUGGUUUCAUUGAAAAAUCAGGAGGUGAUAGAAUUUCCCUGUAUUUGGGUGGACUCAAAUUUGAAUGUUGUUUCAACGUUUCACAAAUAUGUGAAACCUGUAUACAACCCAGUUUUAACACCUUUUUGCACUCAACUAACUGGAAUUGUACAAGAAAUGGUUGAAAAAGAAGAAACAUUUGAUCAAGUGCUGAGUAGGUUUCUAACUUGGAUUAAGAAUACCGAGGCUACUAUUGGGAAUCAACAAACCAAAACCUUUAUAACCUGUGGCGACUGGGAUCUGAAAGUUAUGCUGCCUAAUCAAUGUAAACUUUCUAAAUUGCCUGUCCCACCAAUCAUGACACAUUGGCUUAAUCUAAAAAAGGUAUUUUAUGAAUACACUAAUUACUAUCCCAAGUCUCUGAAAGAUAUGUGUCACCAUCUUGACUAUAAGUUUACUGGAAGAGAACACAGUGGCAUAGAUGAUUGCCGAAAUAUUUUGGAGAUUUUGAGGAUUUUAAAGGCUAGACAUUCGAUUCUUUUGAGAAGCUAAUGCAAUUGACACUCUCACCAUAUUAUAUUGUACAUUUUUUACUUUCCCCCCCUAUACCAUAGUAUAUGGAGAAAGUAUUGUUAUCGUCAACAUUUUCGAGUUUGUAUUUUGAGUGGAUAUAUUCGUUUUGGGUCCCCCUGGACCCAAAAAAGUGGUUUUCGAAGUGAUGUCUGUGUGUGUGUGUGUCUGGAUGUGUACAGAGCUAGGGACUACACCCGUGGUCCAAUUUCGAUUAAAUUUGGUAUGUAGGUUCUAAUGCAUGGUAUCUCCAGGCGUUUUUUCAUUUUUUUGAAAUUUUGAUUUUUAACGGGGAUUUUCCCAUAAAAACCCUUAAAAAACCGGAAAAAUAGGAUUUUCUCAAAAAUGGCCCGAACGGUUUUGAUAAAAAUUUAGUAUGUUGUAGCCCUUUACAUUCUGAACAAAAUGGUACAAAUCCCAUUUCUGUAAAUAUUACGGUUCAAAAGUUAUUGUAAAUUGUGUUAUUUUCCCAUAAAACAACGAAAAAUAGGAUUUUUGAACAAAAUCCGGUUUUGAUUUAACGUAGUAUGUUAUGGUCCUUACAAUUUUGAUAGCUUUUUUCAUUUUUUAGAAAUUUUUAUUUUUAAUGGGGAUUUUCCCAUAAAACCCCAUAAAAUAACGGAAAAAUAGGAUUUUCCGAAAAAUUGGCCCAAACAAUUUUGAUAAAAAUGUUAUAUGUUAUAGUCCUUUAAAUUCUGAACAAAAUUUUACAAAUCCCAUUUCCAUAUAUUUACUCUCACCGCUUACACAUAGAUAAAGGUUGUUGACAAACUUAUGGGAGAAAGUAUGCGUCAGAAUGCUGAUACAGUUUAUUAUAGUAGUAAUUUUCUGUAUGUUCUAUAUGUGUUUUUUAUAUAUUCUAUGUGUGUGUUCUAUAUAUUCUAUAUGUUCUAUAUAUUCUAUGAGUGUGUUCUAUGUGUAUAUACUUUUUGUAAGUAAACCGAUCAGAUUCAACCAUCUCAGUUCAGAUUUUACAAUUGAAAAGUUUCUAGCCUAUUUCUUUAUUUAGUAGGGCUCUGAUAAGCGGGACUUUAGUGUAUGUAUAAAAAAACUAAGCUAUUAAUUUUAGUUUAAGUAUAAAUUUAGCAUACCUGCCAAUGUAUAUUGUUAAAAGUAUUA